AUGAUGAAGAACUUCUGGAUCAUCGCCAGCUGCAUGGCGGCAGCCAUCUCAACGGCUGGAGCUUCUAAUCUCCUGCAAGAACAAAACAUUCCUCUCAACCUCGCUGUCGAAAUUGCUCAGAAUGCGAUCCAAGCAUGCACCGACGAGCAGUACAGCGUUUCCGCAGCCGUUGUUGACCGAGAGGGUGUCUUGCGCACUCUGCUUCGGGCCGACAAUGCAGCUAUUCACACACCCGAUGCGGCGCGCCGGAAGGCCUACACAGCUGCCUCCAUGCGUACGGUGACUAGUACAAUUGUGAAGAACGUUCAAAAUCCCGGCGCCGCUCAACUUGUGGCGAUCGAUGAUUUCCUCGUUCUUGCCGGUGGUGUCCCAAUAAAGGUCGGAAAUGAGACAAUCGGCGCCAUUGGCGUUGGUGGUGCUCCUAGCGGAGACAUUGAUGAGAGCUGUGCAACGACUGCGCUCAAGGAAGUGGGAGACAAGCUGCAAUAG